GGCACUUGUUUGGUAAGACAUAAGAGUGAUAAGUGGUGUUUACUAAUUCUAAUCAAAGGAAGAAGCAAGAUGAUAUUGGCGAACACCCAAAAGUGAACGAUCCCACAUGAUUAGAAUUGCAUUUACUUGGGUGUGUUCUAGGAACCUUCCCUGUCACCAGCACGUACAAUUUCGUAUUCACACACAUUCUCCACCCUUCAAUAGACACGUGACAAGUAUAUUUUUUCCUUGUGGGUACUCUUUUCACUGUCAUUAUUAUUAUAUAAUUAUAUAAUAUAAAAUCACGUCAGGUAAGCCUUUCAAUAUUUCUCUAUUGCUUUUCUCCCUUUAGUUUUCUGCUAGCAUGGGCUGCUAGCAAUAGCAUUGUUUAAGGAAAGAACAGGAACAACAAACAACUUCAUGGGGAACUGUAACUGUUUGAGUCUUCAACCAGACGACAAUCCCGCCCCUGCCUCUGAAACCAACAAUCUAUCAGGGAGAAGUAUUCGGUUAUCUGCUGGUCUCAGCAACUUGAGAUUGAUACAGAAUGGCAAUUCCACAUCUCUUGGGCGUAGCAGCAACUCUGGAAGAAAUAGCAGACUAUUUAGUAGUAGUAAUAAUCACUCAACAGGCAAUAAUACAAGUACAUCCUUUUGGGGCUCUGAGAAUAGUCAGGCCUCUCGAGUAAGAGAUGAUGAGGAGUUCCCUUAUGGGCAGAUCUUGGAUGCGGCAAACUUGAAAGUUUUUACUUUGGCAGAACUGAAGGAAGCCACUAAAAAUUUCCGUCUUGACAGUGUGUUAGGAGAGGGUGGGUUCGGUAGAGUAUUCAAGGGUUUGAUUAAGAAGAGUUCGGGAUCAAAAAGAGGUGAGGGUUUGACUAUUGCCAUCAAGAAAUUGAAUUCUGAAAGCAGGCAAGGAGUUGCAGAAUGGCAGUCAGAGGUGAAUUUCUUAGGAAGGCUUUCUCACCCCAACCUUGUAAAGCUGUUGGGAUUUGGGCGUGAGGAUGGCGAGCUAUUUUUGGUGUAUGAAUUUAUGCACCGUGGCAGCUUGGAUAACCACCUGUUUGGAAGAGGUUCAAAUGUUCGGCCACUUUCAUGGGACAGAAGGUUGAAAGUGAUGAUAGGAGCAGCUAGGGGACUAAAUUUCCUGCACUCCUUAGAGAAGAAAAUUAUAUACAGAGAUUUUAAGCCCUCAAAUAUACUACUUGACAAGGCAUACACAUCCAAGUUAUCAGACUUUGGCUUGGCCAGAUCUGUUCCUUCUGAUGAUCACACUCAUGUAUCAACACAGGUAGUGGGAACAUGCGGCUAUGCUGCUCCAGAGUACAUUCGCACAGGUCAUUUGUAUGUGAAAAGUGAUGUAUAUGGAUUUGGGAUUGUUUUGUUGGAGAUACUAACGGGUAAGUCAAUAAACGAUAUAACACGCCUUCGUCAGACAAAUUCCUUAUGUGAUUGGCUCAAAUCAAACCUAUUAAACAGAGGGAAAUUGAGAAGCAACAUGGAUGCAAGGUUGGAAGGUAAGUAUCCACCCAACUUAGCAUCACAACUAGCUCAACUUGCUCUCAAAUGCAUCCAAACAGAGCCCAAAGUUAGGCCAUCAAUGAAGGAAGUUCUUGAAAAAUUGGAACAGAUUGAAGCAGCGAAUGAAAAACCAGCUGAUACCAUUAAAAAGACUAAUACUUCUAGGGUAGUUCAACAACAUGGAAGGCUAGAUGGUGGUUAGUGAUACCAUUAUUAACACUCUAUCCUUUUGCAGGUGAUAGAUUUUCUACACUAGAAAGAGCUUAUAGUUAAACGUACAUGUGAACAUUUCUGGAUUUAGGGUGAAGCCUGAGACCUUAGGGAAUCUGCUCAAUGGUGAAUUUGUGACAAUUAGCUUUAUGAACACCCUAAAACUAGGUCGUCCCUAGGGUUUAAUAAUCCAACAGAUCCCUAAUUCAUGUCCAAAUUUUCAUUGAUUCUUCCUCAUAUGUUCGUGGAGUUUGUAAUGUAACAAUCUAUGAUUGAUUACUUGUUUUUUUGCACUUUAAUUUUGUGUAUAUAUACGAUAAAUGAAAUACUGUAGAGUAAUUAUUUCAAAGUCUGAUUCUCAUGAUAA